AAGAAAGAAGUCAUUGGGGGCCAGAUCAGGAGACCCCGCCCCGUCGAGAGGCCCCGCCCCGCCAGUCAGCUGGCUUAGGCGCCAGCGCGGCUCGGUUCCGACCUUGUCAAGGCGCAGCCGAGGCGGAGGUGGAGAGCAGCGGCCCGAGGAGCCGAGCUAGCUCAGCGCCCAGCUGUCUCCAAUGAGCUGCGCGGAGCCUGCGCCCCUGAAGACCCGAGCCCGCUGCGCCCCCUCCACACGGCUCACCUGAUGCCAGGUAAGGUAACAGGUCCGGCCUCGCCCUGCAGACGAUGAAUGGCCUUGUCCCCGUGAGCUAGAGCCUGCCCCUCGGCACCUGCCUACCGCCAGCCAGCAGGAUGCAGCUGUGGAAGGCGGUGGUGGCGACCCUGGCCUUCAUGAGCACGGACGUUGGCAUGACCACGACCAUCUACGUCUUCAGCCACCUGGACCGCAGCCUGCUGGAGGACAUCCGCCAUUUCAACAUCUUUGACUCGGUGCUGGACCUCUGGGCGGCCUGCCUGUACCGCAGCUGCCUGCUGCUGGGGGCCACCAUCGGCGUGGCCAAGAACAGCGCCCUGGGGCCCCGGCGGCUGCGGGCCUCGCGGACGGUCAUCGCCCUCGUGUGCCUCUUCGCGGGCAUCUACACCAUGGUGAAGCUGUUGCUCUUCUCCGAGGUCCGCAAGCCGGUCCGGGACCCGUGGUUCUGGGCCCUCUUCGUGUGGACCUACAUCUCACUCGCUGCCUCCUUCCUGCUGUGGUGGCUGCUGUCCACGGUGCAGCCGAAUGCCAAGGCCCUUGAGCCGGGGGCAGGCGCCGAGGCCGAGGGCUUCGCUGGGGAGGACCGGUCGCCGCCUGAGCAGGCAUCCGGGGCCACCCUGCAGAAGCUGCUGUCCUACACCAAGCCUGACGUCGUCUUCCUCGUGGCAGCCUCCUUUUUCCUCAUCGUGGCAGCUCUGGGAGAGACCUUCCUCCCCUACUACACCGGCCGGGCCAUCGAUGGCAUUGUCAUCCAGAAGAGCAUGGAGCAGUUCACCACGGCCGUCGUUGUCAUGUGCCUGCUGGCCAUUGGCAGCUCGUUUGCCGCAGGUAUUCGGGGCGGCAUUUUUACCCUCAUAUUUGCCAGACUGAACAUCCGCCUUCGAAACCGUCUCUUCCGCUCACUGGUGUCGCAGGAGACGAGCUUCUUUGACGAGAAUCGCACAGGAGACCUCAUCUCCCGCCUCACCUCGGACACCACCAUGGUCAGCGACCUGGUCUCCCAGAAUAUCAACAUCUUCUUGCGGAACACGGUCAAGGUCACGGGCGUGGUGGUCUUCAUGUUCAGCCUGUCGUGGCAGCUCUCCUUGGUCACCUUCAUGGGCUUCCCCAUCAUCAUGAUGGUGUCUGACAUUUAUGGCAAGUACUACAAGAGACUCUCCAAAGAGGUCCAAAGCGCCCUGGCCAGAGCCAGCACCACAGCCGAGGAGACCAUCAGCGCCAUGAAGACUGUCCGGAGCUUCGCCAACGAGGAGGAGGAGGCAGAAGUGUACUCGCGGAAGCUGCAGCAGGUGUACAAGCUGAACAGGAAGGAGGCGGCCGCCUACAUGUACUACGUCUGGGGCAGCGGGCUCACGCUGCUGGUGGUCCAGGUCAGUAUCCUCUACUACGGGGGCCACCUCGUCAUCUCCGGACAGAUGACCAGCGGCAACCUCAUCUCCUUCAUUAUCUACGAGUUUGUCCUGGGAGAUUGUAUGGAGUCCGUGGGCUCUGUCUAUAGCGGCCUGAUGCAAGGAGUCGGGGCAGCUGAAAAGGUGUUUGAGUUCAUUGACCGACAGCCAACCAUGGUGCAUGAUGGGAAACUGGCCCCUGACCACCUGGAGGGCCGCGUGGACUUUGAGAAUGUGACCUUCACCUACCGCACUAGGCCCCACACCAAGGUCCUGCAGAACGUCUCCUUCAGCCUGUCCCCAGGAAAAGUGACGGCGCUCGUGGGGCCUUCGGGCAGUGGGAAGAGUUCCUGUGUCAACAUCCUGGAGAACUUCUACCCCCUGGAGGGGGGCCGCGUGCUCCUGGACGGGAAGCCCAUCAGUGCCUAUGACCACAAGUUCCUGCACCGAGUGAUCUCCCUGGUGAGCCAGGAGCCAGUGCUGUUCGCCCGCUCUAUCACAGACAACAUCUCCUACGGCCUGCCCACCAUGCCCUUCGAGAUGGUGGUGGAGGCUGCGCAGAAGGCAAACGCCCACAGCUUCAUCAUGGAGCUCCAGGACGGCUACAAUACAGAGACAGGGGAGAAGGGCGCCCAGCUGUCAGGCGGCCAGAAGCAGCGGGUGGCCAUGGCCCGGGCUCUGGUACGGAACCCACCUGUCCUCAUCCUGGAUGAAGCCACCAGUGCUCUGGACGCAGAGAGCGAGUACCUGAUCCAGCAGGCCAUCCACGGCAGCCUGCAGAAGCACACGGUGCUCAUCAUCGCGCACCGGCUGAGCACGGUGGAGCGGGCACACCUCAUCGUGGUGCUGGACAAGGGCCACGUGGUCCAGCAGGGCACACACCAGCAGCUGCUGGCCCAAGGUGGCCUCUACGCCCGGCUGGUGCAGCGGCAGAUGCUGGGGCUCGAGCCCACCUCAGACUGCGCGGCCGGCCACAACGAGCCGUCGGGCAGUGGCUGUUACAAGGCCUGACGGUCGGCCCCUGCCUCUCGUGGUGGGGCAGAGGCCCCGGCAGCCACCUGGCACAUGUACCCAUGGCGGGCAGCCCCUACCGGCUGCCCUGGGAGCCUGGGCCCACAGCCCUGGAAGGCGACCUGCCAUGUAACCACCUGUCACCGCUUCCUGCAUCUUGCCCCUGGUCCCCACUCCGUUCCCGGGCCACCACCAGCCCCCCGGCUGCCACGAGCCACUCCCUCCAGUCUGGGCUGUGGAGCCCCUGUCUCUCCAUCUGACCUCCCAAGGCGUCUAAGCGAAGGCAGGCUACCUUUUUAAAUCAAGAUCUUAUCAGGGUUUUUACUGCUUGGUUUGAUGGGCCCCAGUCAGCUCCUAGAUUUCAAAAACAUUUUUUUUAAUGGGGAAUCAUGAUGGGCAAGGUCACUGAGAUGUUCUAGAAACUUCCGAGCCAGGAGCGAAUGACCCUUCCUAAUAGCCUGGGGGAGGUCAGGGGAGAACUUGGCCUCCACCCUUUGCCCCUAGAGAGAAGGGGCUUCCCUGUCCCUGAGGGAGGACACGGGAAGGGGACUUUCUUCCUCCCCCUUCCCAGCUUUGUGAGUCAGGCCCCAGGGAGGGCUGGGAGAGGGAGAGGCGCCUGUCUGCCCGUCACCUCUGCCGUCCUGCCAAAUCUAAGCCAGUCUCACUGUGAAGCACUACGAACCUUAACUGGGGGAGUCUCGGGGUGUCCCCGGCCCAGCACCCAGCUUUAGCCCCUCACCCCCACGCCCCCCUUUCCGGCUGGCAGCCCCCUUCUCCACACCCACCCCUGCCACCUGCUGUUCUGAGGCCCUUUGGAUGUUUGGGAGAUGCUUUCUCUUCCCUAGUCGGUGGAUGGGAUGGUGGCAAAGCCCAGGGGCUGGCUUUGCAGGGGGGUUGCAAGAUGUUGGGAGAACCCGGUCAAUAAAGUGUACUACCUCUGA